CUGCAGAUCACCAGUCUUCAUUCACUCAAUGCCUUCCUGCUGCCAAUCAAGACCGUGGGAGUCCAGGGUGACUGUCGGUCCUAUAGCUAUGUGUGUGGGGUCACCAGUAAAGAGGCUCCACACUGGGAAUCCCUCAUGUUCCUGGCCAGACUCAUCCCUCGCAUGUGCCACACCAUCAACAGAGUUGUGUAUGUAUUUGGGUCCCACGUGAAGGAGCCCCCUACAGACGUCACCCCCACCUUCCUGACCACGGGCGUUCUCAGCACACUCAGACAGGCGGACUUCGUGGCCCACUCCAUCCUCAGAGAGUCUGGUUACUCUGGGAAGAUCAGUCAGAUGCCGGUCAUCCUGACACCGCUGCACUUCGAUCGUGAUUCCUCACAGAGGCAGCCGUCCUGUCGGCGCUCUGUGGUCGUCAGAACUUUCAUCACCAGCGACUUCAUGACCGGGAUACCAGCCACGCCAGGAAAACACAUCCCUGAGGGAGGUAAUGAGGUGGUGCUGAAGAUGGUGAAUGAGAUCAAGAAGAUCCCUGGCAUCUCCCCCGGUGAUGUUCGACCUGACCUCCAAACCUCCCGGUACCACAGAGUGGGAGUAGAGCUCACAGAGAGGGAGAAGGGAGUGACCGGCAGACCACCCCUGUCCCGCCUGGAUCCCAGGGCCCUGAGAGACCGGGACCCAUCCUUGGAAAAGAGGACACCCACAGAACAGAAGUAG